AAUUUUUGGUCAGCGCGUCCGAUUAUCGUGAUAUGGCACUACCUCCGAGUCGUUCCACGCUUUAACACCCUAUCAUCGCCACGUAUUCAUCGCCUUCCUGUGGUUUGUCACUGGGUCCCAAUGAUGGAACAAUAACUUUGAAAGAGCGCUUUCUGAUUUAAAUAAAGGCUUUUUCCUGUUUGUAUCGCUCUCAUUCGUUGACUACCCAAUAAUAACAUGCAAGGGAAGACGAGGACGCCAAUCAUUAUCGACACUGACCCUGGCGUGGACGACACUCUAGCUAUCCUGCUUGCUAUCACAUCACCCGAACUAGAAAUCCUUGCGUAUAUCGUUUCAUUCGGGAAUACCGAUGUUCACGCAACUUAUGACAACAUCUACAAGCUUUACCAGGCGAUAGGGCGCCACAUUGCGCUACACCCUGAAGAUGCCGUAAGGUUUCCAAAUUUCUCACCUACAGUCCCGCCCGUCCUGGCUGUUGGACCAGAAGGACCUCUAGAAGGUGGACGGCACUUUGCUCAAUACUUCCACGGCCGUGAUGGUUUAUCGAAUAUAAGCGAACGCCACCCCGACUUGAAUGUUGACCUCAAAGAUUCGUCUUUUGACCACAAUUUUCAACCGGUGAAAGAAUCAGGGGUCGAAGUGGCCCUGCGUUUACUUGAGUCACGUCCCGACAGAAGCAUCACAUAUGCGGUCCUGGGUCCGAUGACCAAUCUGGCACAACUUGUGCGCCAACACCGUCAAACAGUUGUGGAUAAAAUUGGCCGAGUCAUUGCCAUGGCAGGAGCCUUGGAUGUUCCCGGAAACACUACUUCGGUCGCGGAAUUCAAUGUUUUUGCUGAUCCUUACGCAGCGAAAGAGCUUCUAGUACCGACAGAUCCCACCAGUGGUCUCCCGCUUGACAGAGUAAUACUCGCACCCUUGGAUAUCACUACUAUCCACGAACUCCCUUUCUCGCAUUAUAUACAAAAGGUAGACCCUGCGUUCAAGACUACAGCUCAACCGUCGAAUGCAGAUGGUAAAUCACCUCUUGUCCACUUUACCAGCUCUGUUUUCGAACGCACGAGGGAAAUCAUGCUCCAGUAUGGAAAGGAUGCACUAGAGUUGCAUGACAUUGUCGCCAUUUGGUGCGCGAUUGAGAACCCACCUGAAAUCAAUCCAGUUGGCGAUCUUCCUGGAAUGUCAAGUGGAUGGGUUAUAGCCGAGCGAACAUUCGAUAUUGAACGGGCCGGGGAAAUUACUCGUGGCAUGUUUGUCACUGACCGAAGAAAGGAUAACACUGCAUACGCACCUGGUGCCAAUCGGGCAGAGGUCCAAGCUCAACUAGACCUGCGCCGGCUCGGGCACGGGCUCCUCGAGUCCACCGCGCUGCCUGCGAGAGUAGAGAUAGAAGACCAGGAACUUGAGCAGAGACAACAGAAAGGCAUAGCAUGUAUCGUAGAAACGCCGGGGCCAAGCGUUCUUCUUCAACUGCUGACACGUAGGGUCUGGGGCAUCCAAUGAUUGUCAUUUCCAUAUGUAGAAUGAUUAAUUGAAAGUGGUACUAUACCCAUGUGCUUGAACAGAUCUGGUAACCCAAGUCAGACGUUAACUUCCUUCAAGUUGAAGCUUCGAGGUUUGAAACGUAUCAUGGUAGAAACCCUUCUAACGAAAUUCACCCACUCAAGGUUUUUACUGUGAUGGUCCUCAUGCCA